UCCAAAUAUUGAAAUAAUGGAGCCUGACCAGAUGCACGCUGCUUACCUUGACUCACAUCUUUCUCUGAACUAUGGGCUUGUCCCGAAGCCGAUACCUAGGAAAGGCCAGGUACUCAUAAAAGUUGAGGCAGCACCAAUCAAUCCUAGUGACCUCCAUUGAAUUGAAGGAAAAUAUGCAGAAUUCGUUGACUUCCAAUACCCCUUUGUUCCUGGUUGGGAAGGCAGUGGUACAGUUAUCGAAAGUGGAGGAGGUUUCAUGGGCUGGUAUCUCAGAGGCAAAAGAGUUGCAUUUUCUAAGUGACAAGAAGACCAGGAAGAAGGAAGCCUCAUCAAAAUAGGUGGUGCGUACGGACAAUACUGUGUCACUGAUGCUAGACAAUGUGUUCCCCUCCCAGACAGUGUAAGCUUCGAACAAGGCAGUAGCUUUUUUGUGAACCCGAUGACUGCCAUUGGGAUGGUCGAAAUAGUAUCGAAAGCUCGUUCUAGAGCUGUAGUCAUAACAGCUGCAGCUUCUCAGCUUGGCAAGAUGAUGAUCAGGCUGUUUGUUCGAAAAAGAAUCACUGUCAUCGCUACAGUCAGAAGUGAGUCUCAGGAAAAAGAUCUGAGAGACACCUUUGGACUGGAGCAUAUUUUCAACACUUCUGAUGAUGAGUUCUUGCCUGAGUUCAAGAAAACUUGCAAAGAGGCUAGAGUCAAGUACAUGCUCGAGUGCAUCGGAGGCUCUAUAUGUGGGAAGCUCAUGUCCAACUUGCCAAAAGGGUGAAAUGUGCUACUUUAUGGAAAUCUCUCCAGAGAAGCAGUUUCAGAUAUUGACUGUUUCAGUUUUAUGGCAAGCGAGAUCACCCUUAAAUGCUUCAAACUUGAUGUUUGGAUUGCUUCUAAAAAUAUUUUUAAACUGCUUGGAAUCGUUAAGAAAGUUAAGAGGUUAAUAAAGGAUAACCUAUCAUCCAAGAUUAGUAGGCAGUAUCACCUAAAGGAUAUCAAUGAAGCAGUACAGUAUUAUGAAGAGAAUAUGAGCAAAGGAAAAGUACUUCUAAAGCCUUGGGAUUUGGAACAAGAUUACUAAUUCUCCUUAAGUUUCUGAAUUUAGUCUAAAAUUACUUGAAUAAUA